CACCAACAAACUGUGGAAGCAAGCAAUCUUAAAAAUCAAUCUACGAAAAAUGAAGAACCAAUCUUCCAAUAUAUUACGGCUUCUCCUCCUCCUCAUUCUUCAUCUCUCUGCCUCUUCAUCAUCAUCUGCACAACACCGUGAGCAGCCUCAACCACGCCAGGUCUAUAUUGUAUACAUUGGAGAACACAGUGGAGAGAAAAAGUCUCAUGAAAUUAAAGACAAUCAUCACUCGUAUCUGUUCUCUGUUAAGGGUUCCAAAGAAGAAGCUAAGGCCUCUCUUAUUUACAGCUACAAGAAUGUCAUCAAUGGCUUCUCGGCAUUACUCACACAGGAUGAAGCUUCCAAAUUAUCAGACAGAGAUGAAGGGAGUGGUUUCAGUGUUUCGCAGCCACCCAAAAAAGCACAGGCUUCAUACCACAAGAUCAUGGGAUUUUAUAAGCUUGCUUGAGGGAGGUAAUGGAGAGGCCAACCAUCCAUAUCCAUAUGAAGAACUAUUGCAUAAAGCCAGUUAUGGAAAAGAUGUCAUCGUUGGAAUGAUCGAUAGUGGUGUAUGGCCGGAGUCACAAAGUUUCAGCGAUGAAGGGAUGGAACCAAUUCCAAAGUCGUGGAAAGGAAAAUGCCAAACUGGUGUUGCUUUCAACCAAUCCCAUUGUAAUAGGAAACUAAUUGGGGCUCGAUACUACAUAAAGAGUUAUGAGGCAACAUUUGGUCGUCUCAAUAAUGCAGAGGACUACCGGUCACCUAGAGACAAGGACGGACAUGGCACCCACACAGCAUCGAUUGUUGGAGGCCGUAGAGUUAUGAACGCUUCUGCCAUUGGUGGCUUUGCCCAUGGUACUGCCUCCGGUGGGGCCCCACUUGUCCGACUAGCUAUAUACAAAGCAUGUUGGCCAACUCCAGGCCAGCCCAAAUCUGACGGAAACACAUGCCUAGACGAUGACAUACUUGCUGCCAUUGAUGACGCAAUUGCCGAUGGUGUUCAAGUUCUUAGCAUCUCCCUUGGAAGUAAUCAAAGCAUUCCAUACACACAAGACGGGGUUGCAAUUGGAGCAUUGCAUGCUGCAAAGCGAAACAUUGUAGUGGCAUGUAGUGCUGGCAACUCAGGUCCAACUCCUUCAACUGUCACUAAUGUGGCUCCAUGGAUCAUCACUGUUGCUGCAAGUAGCAUUGAUAGAGUUUUUCCUUCACCUCUUGUGCUAGGAAAUCAAAUGAAAAUUCAGGGACAGACAGUCACUCCGCUUAAACUAAGAAGGAUGCACCACCUAGUUUAUGCACAAGAUGCAGAACUCCCAGGAACAACCCCGAAUAUAACUGGAAAUUGCCUCCCCGGUACCCUUUCACCAAAGCUUGUAAAAGGAAAGAUUGUUGUCUGUUUGGGAUUCAAUGUCCAGAGUGCUAUGGAGGUGAAAAGAGUAGGAGGUGUAGGUAUUGUCCUAGUAAACACCUACGGAAGUGACAGUGGUAUGCCCCUUGGAGCUCAAUUACUUACAGGAACAACAGUAGGACUGAAUGACAUAGCUACAAUUGUCAAUUACACAAGGACUAAUGUGAAUCCAACGGCAACAUUAAUCCCAGGAACUACUAUUUUGGGUAGUAAACCAGCACCAUUCAUGGCUCCCUUUACCUCAUUGGGUCCAAAUGGCCUUGAACCUAAUAUUAUUAAGCCUGAUAUUACUGCUCCGGGACUAAAUAUUCUAGCGGCUUGGAGUGAAGCAAUUUCUCCUACACAACUAGAUGUUGAUCAUCGAGUUGUCAAUUAUAAUUUACAAUCUGGAACUUCCAUGGCCUGCCCUCAUGUGGCAGCAGUAUCCGCACUUCUAAAAGCCAUACAUCCUAAUUGGAGUAGCGCCGCUAUAAGAUCUGCAUUGAUGACUACUGCGACACUAAAUAAUAACAUGGGUACACCAAUAACAGACAUUGCUGAAAAUCUGGCAACCCCAUUCCACUAUGGAUCAGGCCAUUUCCAACCAGCUAAUGCAGCAGAUCCUGGCCUUGUCUACGAUGCCACUUACACAGACUACCUUCUCUUCCUUUGCAGCACCGGUUAUCAUCUCGAUCCAUCAUUUAAAUGUCCAAAACAUCCACCUUCACCAAGUAAUCUUAAUUACCCAUCUCUUGCAAUUGCUAAACUCAAGAGGACCAUCACUGUGAAGAGGACUGUCACAAAUGUUGGUGCAAGCAAGUGUGUAUACUCGUUGACCUUCAAACCUCCUAUAGGUUUUUCUGUUGAGAUCUCUCCAACAAUCUUGUCUUUUAGUGAAGUAGGGGAGAAGAGAAACUUCUUCAUAACAGUCAAAGAGGAGAGUAGGCCAAAAACAAAGCCUAAGGCAGGCCAGUAUGCAUUUGGUUGGUACAUGUGGAGUGAUGGAAUUCAUAUAGUAAGGAGUCCCAUUGCAGUUUCAUCUGCAUAAGUUUCAUAGAGAAAAAAAUAAUUUUAGCCCAAUUCCCUUAUAUUAUUUUUUUAGUAUAGUCAAUUUAUGCUAUAUGUUAGGGUAUUCUUUGAUGGAAUAAAUUGAUUAUUAUCUUGACGA